AUGUCAGCUCAAAACAAUGUUAACAUCGAGGCGCUCGAUGCCAAGAUGAAGGAGCUGAUUGAAGCAUUCGAAUCCCACCCUCAACUCCAACCUCCCACCCCCCACCCAACCGCCUUCUUCCUCCUCGACUUCGUCAAAAACACCCACGGCUCCCUGCAGAAAGUUGAUGCCGCCAAGUACGCCUCAGGCGACCGCCAGGCCCGCGAAACCGUCCAGGAAAUCAUUGGCCGCAACCAAUUCACCAGCGUGCUUGUCAAUGAUUCCACUGGCAAACUGGCCAUGAUGACGGGCGGUGACCCAUCGAACCCGGUUAACUUGGGGCCUACUAUCAAGGCGAAGGCGAAGGCUUUGGCGGAGCUGUGA